AUGGAUUCAUCACCAUCAAGUAUUCAACAAAAUACAUGUUGUUUAUCGAAUAAUAGAAAAUUACUUCAUGUAUGUUCACGUUGUCAUCGAACAUUUAAAGAUAUUAAUAAUUUUCGUGAACAUUUAUUUCAAGAACAUGGUGAAAAAUAUUUAAAUGUGAGACAAUGUAAAUUAUGUUCGUAUGCAACAUUAUUAAAAUCAAAAUACGAUUGUCAUAUGCGUUGUCAUCUAAAUAAUCGCAUAAUUAAAUGUAAUAAAUGUGACUAUUCAACAAUUAAUAUCAGACAUAUGUCCAAACAUGAACGAAUGCAUGUUGGAGAAAUGGCCAAACAACAACAUGUAUCAAAUGAUUCCGAUAAUCAUUAUCAAGAACAAUUGAAUUCGAGUAUAGUGAAAAAAGCUCGCUAUAAUUGGUCAGAUGCAAUGAAUUCAUAUCAUCAAUUACUUGAUAAGAUUAAAUGCCGUACGUCGUCUACGACAUACGAAAACGUAGAACAAACAAUAACCAAUUUUUUACCAUUUGUUCCAUUAGAUGCUUCAUCGAACAAUAGUAUUUUGUCAAUAUUAAAUAGUAAUGAAUAUACUAAAGAAAUCAGAAAACAUAUGAAUCAAAAAUACACAUCAGACAAAAUUACUUAUGGUGAAAGCGAAGAGACAAAUAUUAAUAACAAACGAAUUUUUCCAGAUGAUAAUAUGGCAUCAGCUUCGAAUACUAAAGAUGAUGACAUUCGAUCAAAUAAUUUACCAUUACCAUCGUAUAAUAUAAAUAACGAUAGUGUUGUUAAUUCUUGCGCACCAACAAGUGAAUGUAACUCAACAUUAUUUCAUAUUGAUCAAUCUUCAUCAUCCAAUGAACAAACAACUGGGAAUAGUAUCAAUAACCAUUUAUCACCUCCGACUAUAUCAUCUCCAAGAAUACAUGAGAACGCACAACAAUCACGCGUAAUUUCAUCAACUGACUGCUUAUCUGCUCCAGAUCCAAAAAUCGAUACGUCAUCAAAUUCUUCGUCGACAACAUCUGUUCUUGCAGCUUGUACAAGUGAUAUGGAGUGUACAGCUACAACGUCUUGUUUACACCGUAAUGAUUUAAUUUCAUUGCGUCGAAAUGUGUUUCAUAUGCUAAGUUUAUUUAUGCCACACUUAACGGUGUGUUUUCCAUUUAUGUCAGCGUUUAAUCCAGAACAGUCAUACAUAGAUAAAAUAGUUGAAGAUCUAAUACGUUUUCAAACGUGUACCAGUACACCAACAUCUCAUACGUUUUUAUAA